AACAUUCAUAGAAGAUUAUCGAAGCAUCUUAGGAAAGAUUAGAAAGGAAGAAAAGGAGAACUUUGCGUCGUUCGUUGCCAUCGUCACGCAUGGAGAUUUCUGGCACCGUUUUCCGUCAUGUCAGCUACGUCUCCGGCGCUGGGACUCACACGCGUUCCCGUGGCGUGGCUCCUCGUGUUGCGGUGAGAAUGGGAACGGGUUCUGACUUCUGUGACGAGGGGCAUCUGCAGUAUUACCAGAACACCAAAAAGGUUCUCUCUCCCAAGAAAAAGUUGAAACUGCUGAAGGAUUUCUCCAAAUUAGGGUUCGCCUCGGAUCCUCAGAAGCUUUCCAUGUUCUAUGAUCUUCAACAAAACCUCACCUCGGAUGCUGGCGACGUGAUACUUAGAGAGUUGGAAGCUGCAAGAGCAAAGGAGAAGGAAAUGAAGAAAAAGAGGAAACAGGAGAAGAAGGCUAAACUCAAGGCCUCCAAAAAGAAGUGUGAAUCUUCAUCUUCAUCGUCUGAAUCAAGUGACAGCGAUUGUGGUUGUGAUCAAGUGGUUGACAUGAACAGCUUCAGAUCUGGUGUUGGUGUUAGUGUUGUUGCCCCUGCUGCACCUGUGGAUGAAUCCCCAAUAACCAAGAUCAUCCCCAUUGUUGAGGACGGGAAUUCACGUCGUGAUGCCAUGGAUUUGUGCUCUAACAACGAUGUCUCUGUUAGCAGUGUUAGAGAUGGUGGUAUUAAGAGAGAGAGUGGUGUAGUUACCACCAGUUCUGAGAAGAGGAUUGAGGUCUGCAUGGGUGGGAAGUGCAAAAGAUCAGGGGCUGCUGCAUUGUUGCAAGAGUUUGAAAAAGUGGUGGGUGUUGAAGGUGGUGCUGUUGUUGCAUGCAAGUGCAUGGGCAAGUGCAAAAGUGCUCCUAAUGUGAGAGUUCAGAAUUCCGUUGAUCAUAGCCUUGCUCAGGGACUUGAUGAUUCUGUUAAGUUUCCAGCUAACCCUCUGUUCAUUGGAGUUGGCUUGGAGGAUGUGGAUGCCAUUGUGGCUAGAUUUUUAGGGGAGAAUCCCACAGAUAUAGGAAUGGCAGGUGCAAUUACGGCUACUUGAUGUGGCUAUGGUAACCACUUGUGUGCUAUUUGUAAAUGUAUAUAUACUAGUUUCUUAUCGGAUACUUUCAUUGCAAUAUUUUGUUAGUUUUAAUAAAUAAAUAUAUUUAAUUUUA